AUGGCUGCUCAAUUUUGUUUGCUUUUUUUCUUUCUUUUUUGCCUAUUUCUUUUUUGCUCGCUUUUUUCUUUGCCUCUUUCUUUCAUUCUUUCUUUGCCUCGUUUAUUUCUUUAUUUACAUUUUGUUUGCUUUUUUCUUUCUUUCUCUAUUUCUUUCUUCGCUUUUUUUCGCCUCUUUCUUUCAUUCUUUCUUUUCCUCUUUCUUUCUUCGCUUUUUUUGCCUCUUUCUUUAAUUUUUUUCUUCCCAACUUUCUUUCUUCGUCUCUUUCUUUCUUUACAUUUUGUUUGCUUUUUUCAUUCCUUCUUUACAUUUUUCUUCCUUCGCUUUUUUCUUCUCCUCCUUCUUUCAUUAUUUCUUCGCCUUUUUCCUUCUUCGCCUCUUACAUUCUUUCUUUCAUUCUUUCCAUUUUGUUUGUUUUUUCUUACUUUCUUUGCCUUUUUUCGUCGCUUUUUCUUUCGCCAUUUUUUUCAUUCAUUAUUUGCCUAUCUCCUUCUUCGCCAUUUCUUCUUCACCUCUUUCUUUCUUUACAUUUUGUUUGCUUUUUCUUUCUUUCUUUGCCUAUUUCUUUCUUCGCUUUUUCUUCGCCUUUUUCUUUCAUUCAUUCUUUGCCUAUUUCUUUCUCUGCCUCUUUCAUUCUUUCUUUACAUUUUGUUUGCUUUUUUCUUUCUUUUUUGGCUAUUUCUCUUUUCGUUUUUUCUUCCCCUUUUUCUAUUCAUUUUCGUUUGUCACUUUCCUUUUUUCAUUUAUUUUCUUUUCUCUCUUUUCUUUUCUUUCUUUCAAUAUUUAUUUAUUCACCUUUAUGUUUGCUAUUUUAUUUUUCCUUUUCUUUCUCUGCCUUUCUAUUCGUUUUGGUUGUUUGCUGCUUUUUUCUUCACUUCUUCCUUUCUUCACAUCUUCCUUUCUUUGCUUCUUUCUUUCUUUUAUUCUUUCUUUCUUUCAUUCUUUCUUCUAUUCUUUCUUUCUUUCUUUCUUUCAUUCUUUCUUCCAUUCUUUCUUUCAUUCUUUCAUUCUUUCUUUCAUUCUUUCUUCCAUUCUUUCUUUCAUUCUUUCAUUCUUUCUUUCAUUCUUUCUUCCAUUCUUUCUUUCAUUCUUUCAUUCUUUCUUUCAUUCUUUCUUUCAUUCUUUCAUUCUUUCUUUCUUUCAUACUUUCUUUCAUUCUUUAUUUCAUUCUUCCUUUCAUUCUUUCUUUCUUUCAUUCUUUCUUUCAUUCUUUCUUCCAUUCUUUCUUCCUUUCAUUCUUUCUUUCUUUCAUUCUUUCUUUCAUUCUUCCUUUCAUUCUUUCUUUCUUUCAUUCUUUCUUUCAUUCUUUCUUCCAUUCUUUCUUUCUUUCAUUCUUUCUUUCUUUCAUUCUUUCUUCCAUUCUUUCUUUCAUUCUUUCAUUCUUUCUUUCAUUCUUUCUUUCAUUCUUUCUUUCUUUCUUUCAUUCUUUCUUUCAUUCUUUCUUUCUUUCAUUCAUUCAUUCUUUCUUUCAUUCUUUCUUUCAUUCUUUCUUUCAUUCUUUCAUUUAUUCUUUCUUUCUUUCAUUCUUUCUUUACCUUUUGUUAG